AUGGGUAUCUCUAUCAUCCCUUAUGAUGAAGACCCACGCGUCCAUGAGUCAAGUUGCUAUCCUACUCACUUCAUGCGCCCUCGAGAUAUUCGCGACUUCCCCGCCCUAUCAUCGUCGAAGAAUACCAUCCUGAGCGUGCCACCCAAUUUGGCCCGCUCAUGGAGUAGCGUAGUCCGACACGGCACACGGCAGCCUAAGACUGAUCAACCGCGAGAAAGUAUGUCAGCGAUGCAGUCCAUACCUCCUCCCGGCCUCGAGAAAGAUGGCAAGAUCUUUGGUCUGAUCACGUACGUUGCGUCUCCGCUCGAUAGGUUGCCUGUCGAGAUACGAAAGAUGAUCUAUGAGUUCUCUUCUCCAUUUGGAUAUGUCUGGAUUCCUGAUGAAGACUUUACUCAUUGGGUAUUACCAUCUUUUCUACCUGACAUCUGCAAGAUAGCGAUAGGUCUUCUAGAGGAAGUACUGCCAGUCUUCCUUUCGGGUGAGACUAUCUACAUCACAGACGAAAGGUCCAUUGGUUAUCUCUUCAACUUUCUCGAGACUGUACCGAAUGAUUCUGGCUUCGCAGCGGUGAAAAAGAUUCACUUUGCUCCCAACCGAGGUUUCCCUGUCGUGAUGCCGACCGAGCUAGUGCUACGAUGCAAUGGAUUGCGGGAACUCGAUCUCCUGCUUUACGCUGAGUCAUUCUUCAUCAUCGACCCAUCAAAUGAGAAAAGGUGGUGGAAGCCCGACAUAGAGCCUUCAAGGACUUUGGAUGAGAUGGUGGAUGGUUGCGACCUCAGACGUCUCAUGAAUUGUGGUAGUCUUAUCAGCGUUACUCUGGGGAUUGGAGAGGCUUGGGACGAGGCUUCUGAAUCUUACGGGCAUAUGGUAGACUGUAUGGCCGAAUGGAUGAAGGAGCAGUUCGCCAGAGUUCAUCAGCGAGAUUUGCAUGUGGAGACCAUAUACUAA